AGCGUUUGAUGUUUUCAAAGGAAGCAACGAUGGGUUUGUCCUCCUGGCGCCAGGGCGUCCGAUCGAUCAGCGCGAAAUCUCGCGUCUUGCAGCUGGAUUUCGCUGCUGCGCGGCGCGCACAGCACGGUGAAUCGCUUGCCUGAAUCGCAGGGAUUGAGCAGCGCGCUUGUCAUGAAGCUCAGGGUUUUCUCCGGCAUUGGAAGGGCUCGGGCACUCGCAGAUCUGUAUUGCAUUGAGUGGAGCAAGCAUUUGUGCUGGCAUCUCCGGCUCCAAUCUCUGCGGCGCUAGGCUACCAGAAAUUUUUUGGGAGAAUGAGAGGCAGAAGAGUUAGAGUAUCGGGGAAAUGGAUGCUCCUCUUGUGCGUGGCAAGCUUCUGUGUGGGCACGCUCUUCACAAACAGGAUAUGGAAUGCGUCAGAAGAACUAGACGUGAUUCGUCCAAAGACGUCGGAUCUCCUUCACAUUGUCAAGGACGAACAGUGUGGUCCAAAGCCUAAGCCCGAAACAUCACCCAGAGAUAUACUCGAUCAAGUGUCCAAAACUCAUCACGCAGUUUGGAACUUGGAUAAAACAAUAUCAACACUUGAGAUGGAGCUCUCAGCCGCUCGCUCCAUUGCGCAGCAAUCCAUAGGCUCUCCUGGACUGGGGGUCCCGACUGGUGCUUUUGGUGCUGAGCCUCGACAGAAAGUUUUUGUUGUGAUCGGAAUAAACACCGCUUUUAGCAGUCGUAAGCGUCGUGAUUCCGUUCGAGAGACAUGGAUGCCUCAAGGCGAGAACUUACGUAAGCUCGAAAAAAAAGGAGUUGUUAUCAAGUUUGUUAUCGGUCACAGUGCAACGCCCGGCGGCCUGUUAGAUCGUGCGAUUGACGCGGAAGAAGCCCAACACGGCGAUUUCCUAAGGCUGGACCAUAUUGAAGGCUACAUGGAGCUGUCGGCAAAAACGAAGAUCUACUUUUCUACAGCUGUUGCUAAAUGGGAUGCGGAAUUCUACGUCAAAGUCGACGACGAUGUCCAUGUGAAUAUCGGCAUGCUCGUUUCAACUCUGUCUCUUCUGCGCUCCCAGCCUCGCACUUACAUUGGCUGCAUGAAAUCAGGCCCUGUUCUAGCACAGAAGGGUGUCAAGUAUCACGAGCCAGAAUACUGGAAGUUUGGUGAAGACGGUAACAGAUACUUUCGCCACGCAACAGGUCAGUUGUAUGUGAUUUCAAAGGAUCUGGCGACUUACAUCUCUAUCAACCAGCCCAUAUUGCAUCAAUUUGCAAACGAAGAUGUGUCUCUCGGGGCGUGGUUCAUCGGACUGGACGUGAAUCACUUCGACGAGCGAAGCUUUUGCUGUGGAACUUCACCGGAUUGCGAGUGGCAAGCUCAAGCAGGCAACGUUUGUGUUGCCUCGUUCGAUUGGAGUUGUAGCGGCAUUUGCAAAUCCGUGGAAAGAAUGAAGAUCGUGCAUGAAAAAUGCGGAGAAGGCGACCGCGCUGUCUGGAACGCCGUCUUUUAAAGUUUAUAACCAUUCUCGUUCCGACGUGUCAUUCACGUAAAGCUACAAUUCUGACGUGGACAUUUUAAUGCUGCCACGUCAGAGCUUUAAAGGCACAAAGUUUCGAGCUUUGAAGCA